CUCCGACGAUCACAACGAGUCGUCUCAGCAUUGGCGCCUGUUUGUGAAACCAAUGCGCCUCAGCGUCACUGCGGUACCAGACCUCCGUGCUCCAUCCUCCGAAACCUUCAAACAAGCCAGAAACCAACCUGUGGAAGAUAUGACCCGCACAGCCACCGGUACGGACCUGAGUUGGGCUGCAAAUUGGCAUACAAUUGAACUGCCACACGCGAGUGAUAACGGAAAGGAGAGUUGAGCCACGUUUGCUAGGGUUUCCAGCCUUCAGAACGCCUCCUCCCAAUCAUGCCUCACUAUGGUUGACUGACAAACAUGAAGAGUGCCUCAUUUUGUCCUGUCCUGCGCCACAAUCCUCCGCUGCUCCUUGUAUUUCCACCCAGCUCAAACAAUUCGGGCCAUCUUAUCUCAGAAUAUGCUGUUACCAUACCAGCCUUUCCCUGGUCAAGGCCAAUGAAUCAAUUACCAGCCUGAAUGCGGCUGCCCACUGCCCGGUGGGCUUUUCACACAAUCCCGUUGUCAGCACUUUCCUUGCCCCCCGGCACCUUCUUCCCUAAAGUUGGUACCGUUUUUUCGCAGCCCAACUGUGGAUGCCGACCCGCCGCAACUGUUGCUUCGAGAUCGUCGUCUGUUGACCGAAAUCUCAAAGAAGCUCCGCCUAGCUAAAGCGCGUUCGACUGAGGUUCGCACAGCACUUGCUAGGUGAGGCGGCCGUGAAAGAUCAAUUCCAAUUGGGUGCUCGGAGCGGAACCAGACCGUGGGACAAAAGAAGCGUUGGUAACCGCAUCUCGGGCGUGCUAGAGGAACGAGUUCAACCUUGACGAACUACACGCAUUGGGUUCAAUACGGCCACAAGAGCUAUCCUAUGUCGCCUGGUACUUCCUGCUCGGCCUACAACAGAGACGGGAUAGCAAUGAAGUCAAUUCGUGCCCAACCGGGGCGGAGAUCGACCUCGGCUUGAACUCCAUGACCGGAUUUAUAGUACCAUGGAUCGACAUUCAGGCUAUCACUUCCCAUUCCAGGGUUCGGGUAGAGAGCGCAAGUGUAUGUCACCAUCGUUCAAGGGGACCUCCUGGGUGCCUUCCAGUCACGCCCACCAUCUGAAUUGGUGCAUUUCCCUUCGACUAUCGACAUGGUCAUGCGACUGCCCGUUCUCGACCAGCGCUUCCAAGACGCUCUUGCCGUCAUAGUGCAUGCAGCUGUUCGUUGCACUUACACCCCAGUCGUGUUGAAGCAGAGACACUCGGUUGCAAUCUCGGAAUGCAUGUCGCUACUGCUUCGUACCCGCGCCGUCAGCGUCUUUCGCUCCUGCGGAGCCCCGACAGUACAUUAUAUCGCUGCCCAAUACCCCCUGACGAAGCCCCGAAUGUUUCUGAAACGAGGUUGUUUACCCACUUCCUGGGAUAUUGUCAAGAGCCUCAAGAAUGUCUCCCCCUGGAGGAGAAUUUCGACUCGACAAUUGCCGGCGCAUCCGGUGGUGACCAUCUGUCUUGCCUCUGUCAGUCUUAUCAGUGGCUACAGAACAGAGGAGAGGUGCCCGACCAAUAUGCGGUAGGCGAUCUUCGCCUGCCUAGGAAGCCAACUAACCGGUGUCUUCAGAGGCGAAGCGAGGCGCAACGCUCUGGAGAAAGCUUUGUGCACGGACGCCCGCAAGUUUACGAACCAUUAGACAUGGGCCUCCCCUCUAUGCGCACCAGCGCUGCUGCAACAUGAGGUCAUGGGUGUCCUUCACUGGCUCUAGAGGCCGAUGACCUGCCGAGUAUUCCACAUGGCUAACAUUUAGGCGAGAUGAGGCGGGUUGGGGACGGGAUGGGUGGUCUGGUGCCCGCACCCCAUCCUGUCUUUGCGAGGCCUUGACCCGCCUGCAUUUUGUGACGGGCGGCAGCCACUGUAUUGGGCGCUGUCGUCACUGCAGUCUCGUUCGAUCACAUGAGCUUCCGCGAAGGCAUGUCUCGCAAUCGUUGUAUUUGCCGUCCAGAUGCAAUCUACACUCCAGGCGGCAACGCGUUUCGAUGUGCCACACUCCCUUUAGAACGUUUCUCUUUUCUUUCACAUUGACUAGUUGUCGAUUGAAAGACCGAAUGGCUUUGAACGGCUUGCCUAUUUUGACACUGAGAAGCAUAGAAGAGCUGAGGGAACAGAAAGAGUUCCAUGUGGAGCAAAUUUAGGUUCACGAGGUUCAUACCCAAUCCUAGAUUCUAAUACUCCGUACAGUUGGCACAUUACCCAGAAGUAAGUGGCUGAACUGAUACAUUCUCAAUCCAAUGUUAUACAAUCUCAAAGUCACCAUUCACAGCCAGGGCUGGCCCAUA